AUGGGGUUUCCAGAUGCCGCUGUCGGGGUAAUCUCUCUGUUUGCUUUUGUCUUCCUGCUCAUUGCACUCUUCAGCAUACGAGACUGUAUACGUGGUAUGAAGUGGCGACCGCGCAGCAGCCAGGAAGGUCGAUCAGAAGAAGGACUUGCCGGCCUCUAUGAUAUCAGUGACACGGAACUUGAAAACAUCAGCCCAAAUCCAUCAUCACAAUCGCCCGUGCACGACCCAGCAUCCCGACUAUCUCGACCACCGCGAGCUGCGCGUGAACUGAGAAGGACAGUAUCCCGUGCCGGCAUAGUGUUCGCUACUUCAAGUCGUACCACCGUCUACAACCACUGGGACUCUGUUACAGGAUCGUCAGUCUCUGAUUCCCGAACGACGGCUUCGACAGCAUCCAUACCGCCCCCGUAUCCUAGGUCUGAUGAAUCUGAGCUGCCACGGUACGAGAGGAAUCCGAAUCGCAUGGGAUCGGCACCAAGCGUCGGAUCUCGACUACCAGCCUACGAAAGCAAUUUGAACCUUGGAGAAGAGGCUCAAAGUGUCACCGAAACCCACAUGCCUCGUCAUGAAGAGCUCCCGACUGCAUCAUCAACACCGUCAACAAUGUCGCCCCCACCACGGCGAUCUCUUUAUCUUUUCCCGAGGCCGCCGCCCAUACACCGACACAAUCCGGAUCAAGAUGUCAGCGUAGAUGACAGCGUCGACAAAAGGUUACCGAGCGACAAUGCCACUCGAUGA